AACCUCCAUAUUAACCCGGAAAAAAUAACCUCGAACGGUCGCUGUCCCGAAACACCCUCGGUACAGACAAAAAGGAUAAAUGGCUUCGCGCCUGAGCCGAAUCUGGCCCGUCGUGUCCCGGGUUCGCUGGAGCUCCGCUGUCGGGACCCGCUGCGUGUCACAGACGCCGAAGUCAAGCGCGGCUGGUGCGGCUGUAGUGUCUGAUCUGCAGACCGUGUCACCCGCGCUUCAGGACAGUCAUGGACACACAGAGGUCAACCCGUUUGAGACGAAUCCAGAUUUCCAUGGUUUCCAUCACCAUGAUUCUUUUGUGGAUGAAUGGAACAUGAGAUUGGCGUUUUUCUUUGGCAUUUCUGUGGCUAUUGUUAUCGGAGGCACUUUCAUCCACUAUUUACCUGAUCACGGUAUGAGGCAGUGGGCUCGUCGGGAAGCUGAGAGGUUGAUCAAACAGAGGGAGGCUGAGGGACUUCCACUCAUGACUGAAAAUUAUUAUGACCCCAGCAAGAUUAUUCUCCCUUCGUCUGGAGACGAGUAGACAUCAUUUUGUCAAUAAAUAUUCUGUUAAUGUUUGUUUGCUUGUACAAUAGACUCUCCUCAACUGUUAUAAUAAAAAUAUAUGUUCUAAUAUAAGUGCAUGUGGUAAUUUAAUAGGCACCCACAUUUGCUGAAAUAGCAUAAACCCUAAAAGUGUAGGUUAAUUUACGUUUUGGCAGCAAAGGGGUGUAGCAACAGUAUAUAAAAAGUGAAAGUUACUCAGCACAAAAAAAUUGACAAGUUACUGUACCGUUAAAUGUUUUGGAGAACAUGCUGCAGGUAAAUCCAGUACAUUUGUUACAUGUUCUACCUCAGCUAUACUUUCGUAAAGAAAAAAUAGAGGGUUCUUGCAAGAUUAAGAAAAUGCUAAAUCUAAUGGUUUUACACACUGCUAUAAAAGGAAAAAUAAAGUUGUGACCACACCAGCGUCACUAUAUGAGAUA